GUGAAUACCUUUUGAUUUUAUCUUCUCUGAAGAACCCAUUAUAAAUACCACCCCACCAACCCAUCUUGCUUCCUCAAUCUCUGUCUGUAUAUUUUUUGGGUUUUUGUUGGGUUUCCCUUUAAAGGUGUUCUGGUUUUGGUGUGCUGUUUUAUUUCUUGAAGGUGAGUUGGUCAUUGUUUGGGUGAGAAGAAACACAUGGAUGCUACUUCUUCUUCUUCCUCAUGGAAGGGAAUGAUGGAGCAGGGGAAUGAACCUCAUGUGCUGGCAGUUGAUGACAAUAUAAUCGACCGGAAAAUCGUCGAAAAGUUGCUCAAGAACUCCUCUUGUAAAGUGACUACUGCAGAAAAUGGGUUGAGAGCACUGGAGUAUUUGGGAUUGGGAGAUGAUCAAGAGAACAGCUUGGAGACCAGUGGUUCAAAGGUGAAUUUGAUAAUAACGGAUUACUGUAUGCCAGGAAUGACAGGUUAUGACCUACUUAAGAAAGUAAAGGAAUCUAAUGCUAUGAAGGAGGUUCCAGUCGUUAUAAUGUCAUCUGAGAACAUCCCGACGCGUAUUAACAAGUGCUUAGAGGAAGGAGCUCAAAUGUUCAUGCUAAAGCCUCUCAAACAAUCAGAUGUAAAAAAGUUGAGAUGCCAAUUGAUGACAAGAAGCUAAAGCUUCAUCAAUAAGCUGAAGCUUUUUGGAUGAAGUAAAAAAUCAUCAGAGAAGAACUCUUUAGCUAGACAA